AUAUUUUAUUUGCACAGACGGGUAACCGGAAACAGUUCUGUUAACUUGACAUAUUUGAUGCUGUUCUUCGGCCGACGCCUCAGACAAGAAUACGAGCUCGAUCUACCAGAAGAAAUGGCGGUGAGGCAGAGGAUUUUCAACUCCACAGCUCCGUUCUCCGGCUCGCCUAAGACGGAGCUGAAGGGCUCUUACCCGAAAUGCACCGCCGCCGAACAGGAGACGGAGGACGAAGAGGAAGAGGGAAAGGACAGCAAAAUGGGCUUCACUCAUUUGAGUCCUUUGCUAAAUAAACUCUUGACGCAUGGAACCGCAGAGCAGGUCGGCGAAAUGCCACUGAAGACCUCGACCUUCAUCGCUCAGGCUGAAUGUGAAACCCAGGAUUCCCAGGAGUUCAGUCCAUCCUGUUUCAAACGAUCUUUUGUUCCCUCUCCUAACUGCUUCACCAGCAGCCUGUCCUCAGAACACAACAAUGUAGCCAGUCCGACAACAGCCUCUGGGAAGGAGCUGGGCAACUCAUCGCUGCAUCUCAAACCGAGGAAAAAGAACAGGAAGAGACAAAAGAGUAGAGGGAAAAAAAGGCUGGACAAAAAUGAGAAGCAGCCACACAGACAGCGAACGCCUUCUGGUGUCCCUGAACAGGAGAGUGGAAGAUCUGCCAUCCAGAUCCUUGAGCCUUCAUCAUCUCUCGGAGGGAGGAGCAAUCUUUGCACCCCCGGCUGUAGCAGCAAUGAAAACUCCGAGGAGCAGCACCGAGGGCCUUCUCUGUAUACGGGGCAGAUUUACAACACAAGCUCCAGUCACUCUCUUUUGAACUGGGGGAGCCAGGUGCACGGCCCCCUUUCCGGUCUUCAGUCCUUAGGGCAGGACACCGAAUCGGACUCCGACUUCCUCAGCAGUCUAGGAGACUGUUCUCUGGCCCUCGCUGGCCUGAGGGGCAGCGUGAGUCAGGGGGACCCUUGCUAUGCAGGGCCCUUUUUCAAAGCUGUGGAGAGAGACGUGAGAGAGGAGGACGACGAGGUCUCCGCCGAGGAUUCUUUCAGCAACGAAGGGAUCAUCUUUUACAACGAUAAAAUUAAACCUGUGGACUCCGAGUACAGGGAAGGAAGAGAGUUAAUGCUCACAAACUUCAUAAAACAAGGCUCGUACGGGGAAGUGUACGGUGCUCAAGAUGUCAACACAGGCUUCAGAUUUGCUGUCAAAAAGAUCGCUUUGAAGAGGUUCACCAGUGAGGAGGUGGGUGCGUGGAGUACCCUCAGAUCUCCUCAUGUUCUGGAGCUCUUUGGAGUGGUCAGAGAAGGGCCAAAUGUUCUGCUCCUAAUGGACCACAAAUCCGGCUCUGUGGGUCAGCUCAUCAGCGAGCGCGGCCGACUGCCGGAGGAUUUGAGUCUCCACUACCACUUUCAAGUUUUAACAGCGCUGGAAUACUUGGUGAAGAAAAAAGUAGUGCACCUUGAUAUUAAAGCUGACAAUGUGUUGCUGUCGGAGGACGGUAGACACACAUUUCUGUGUGACUUUGGACAUGCAGAGAGACUGGACAACCAAGGACGGAGCCUUAGUGUGUCCAACGAUCUAAAGGGCACCGAGACCCACAUGUCUCCUGAGAUUGUUAAAGGAAAACCCCGCGGACCCAAAGCAGAUGUGUGGAGCAGCUGCUGUAUGUUACUGCACAUGCUCAAUGGCUGUCAGCCAUGGACAAGAUACUACACCUGUCGACUUUACCUGAAGAUCGCUGACGAGCCUCCGCCUUUGAGGGAGAUCCCACCAGAUUGUGGUUCUCUCACAGCGGAAGUUCUCAAGGCAGGACUGCAGAAGGAUCCGGUUAAGAGAGCGUCGGCAUCAGAUCUCAAAGCAAAGACAGACAGAGCUUUGAAAGAUGUUGGAGGUUUGACCAGCUCAGCAAAGGGACCCUACACUGAACCCCUGUACAUCACAGGCAAGCCACCCUCUUCUCUGCAACUUAAUCACAGCAGCAUUGACUGUGAUGAGGAGGAGGAACAGCCAAAGAAUCUGAUCGUAGCUGAAAAGGAGACAAAGGGAGGACACCAAGAAGAAGCAGGGACAGAGGCGUCGAAGAGAAGCUCGAAAAACUGUCCGCAGUCUCCCAUCUACGAGCCAAACCAUAAAAGAAACAACCGAACCACCACUGUGUCCGAACUGGAGCUGCGUAAACUGGAGCGAGACUUCUACCUGAGCAGUCUGUCCCAGCCUCAGUCUGCGGAGAUGCAGGUGCAGCUGCUGUCCUGUCUCGGCAGUGAAGCAUAUUCAAAUUGGGAGCCGUGGGACAAAAAGGACUCUGGCUGGUGGUCCUUGAGUCCAGGAGACGACUUCAGCUCUGGUGUCUUCUCCUACAACAGUCAGCCUGACGUGCAGGUCUUCAGUAUGGACCUGCUGGGUCACACACAGUUACCGCCACCCUGCUGUUUCGAAGGUGUGGACGUCUGCAUCAGAGACUUCUGUAAGAGGAGCAUCAGGAUCAGAGAGACACGGCGGGUGAAGGUGGGCCACAUCGCUACUGGGAUCAGUGAUCAGAUCUCCGAGAGAGUCUUCACUCUGGAGACACAGCAGGGACAGCAGGUGGCUCACGACGAAGAAGUGCUGGAGUCUGGUCUGGAGCUCUGCUGUGUUCCUGCUCCGGACUACAGCCCCGUGUGGAGGUGGAGGGUCAGAGAUGGAGCGUUGGAGACGAGAUAGAGACACAUCCACGUCUGAGUCCUCCCAGCUGUACCAACAUAUCAUUUUGGGCUGAAUUCUAACUAUAGUGUGCGUUGUGGUCUAUGUGUCUUUCCUAAAGGCACAUCUGUCCCGAUCUAAAUUUUUUAUUCUUUUUUUUUUAUUUUACGCAUCUAUAUUACAAAUUGCAUACAUGCCUGUGUUGCUUGUCAUGAAAUUCAAUAAAGGUACAAUCAUAGGCCGUGUCACAUUGCUUACUCCACUUUUUCACUAACACUCAUUAACUAGUACAUCAUCAUCCUUUGAACACUGUCAGAUUUAUAUCUAAGUUAUGUCACUCCACUUUUUGCCAUGAUAUUUAACGUUAAACAGAAAAACAAAGUUGAGUAUAUGGAAUAUCUUUUUAAUUUCUCAUUUAAGCAUCUCGAACAUCAUCGAAUAAUCAAUGCUUAACCAGAUCCACAGUUACAAUUUAUUUUCCAUAUUAUAACGUACAAAGUCACUGCAAAAAAGAUUUUCAUGAAGAUUUCAAACUUGUUUCAGAUUUACAAUUGUGAUAGAAAACAGUGUGAAUAUCAAAAUGAGUAAAAAAGACACCAAGGCACCAGAAUA